AAAUGACUUCAGUGCCUCCGUGCUCAGUUCUCCCGAGCUGCAGCUGAUCUCAGUGAUCUGGGGGGAAAUGUUGCUGUGGCUGUAUAUUGUGAUCUCUGGGACUGUGCUGUGGGUGGAUUUUGGGACAGGUUGUGAUUACAGCGUGAACAAAUGUGGAGCCUGGUCAGAUGGCGAUGUCCAGAUUGGAGUUCUCAGCUCCUGCUUUUCUAAAGUGGAAAAUGUGGGUUAUCGAGAACAGCCAGACGCAUACAACUGCUCUGGAUUCAGUGUGGGAACAUUAGUACGGAUGCUGGCUAUCAUUCACACCAUUGAUACAAUCAAUAACUCCAGCUUCCUGCCAGGAGUGCGCCUGGGCUACUACAUCUGCGACACCUGCAGCGACGCCUCCAGAGCCAUUCAGAGCACUGAGCACAUGCUGGCUACGAAUGGCUCUUGGUUUGGGCAGUGUGCGCUCAACCAGAUGCCACGAGUCAAAGUCAUUAUUGGACCACGAUAUUCAGAGGUCGCUCUCAUUGUGGCUCGGCUUCUGGCGCUCUACAUGGUACCACAGAUAAGCACCUCGGCGUCAGCUGAAGCUCUGAGCGAUAGACAGCGCUUCCCUGCCUUCCUGCGAACUGUACCCAGCGAUAUCCAUCAGACCAAAGCCCUGGCCAAACUCAUGUCUCACUUCAAGUGGGACUGGGUUGGUGUGGUUUAUGGGGAUGAUGAUUAUGGACAGAAUGCUUUCCAGGGCUUCGUGGCUGAUGCUCAGGUCGAAAAUGUCUGUGUCGCCUUUAAGGAAAGAUUACCAUACAAUCUGAAUUCCAUGGACAUCGACACUAAGAUUCGGGAACUGGCCAACAAAAUCAGAAACUCAAGCGCUAAGGUUGUGCUUCUAAUUUUAAAAGAAGAGCUGGUGAGAAAGCUUUUCGACAAAAUGAUACAGCAGAAUAUAUCACGUACUUGGAUAGCGAGUGAUAGCUGGUCAAUGUCCCAAGAAACUGCUCAGAUGGAUGGAAUCAACCAAGUUGGGAAUAUAUUGGGUUUCAGUUUCAUUACAGGCCCAAAUCCUGGCUUUGAAGAGUAUCUCCAAGAUCUGAGCAUCCCACCAGGAGCUGAAAACAAAUUUAUAGAGCAAUACAAGCAGAUGGGAGCAAGCAAGGACUACCUAACAACAACUGUAAAUAUCAGAACAGCCUAUGGAGAGAGGAUGGCUGUGUUGUCCAUAGCUCAUGCCCUGAAGAAGCUUUUGAAGUGCAAUGAAACUGCUUGUGCAGGUGACACUAACUUCCCACCGUGGAUGCUCCUUAAAGAACUGAAAAAUAUCCGCUUUACACUGGAGGAUCAGACGUUCUACUAUGAUAAACUCGGCAGUUUCAACAGUGGCUAUGAUUUAAUUAACUGGGAGCGAAACAUGUCGAAUGGACAGAGGCAGUUUGAUGUUAUCGGACACUACAGCAACGAAACAAUACAGAUCAAUCCCGGGAAACCUUUAGACUGGGGUAAUACUAACAAUACAAUACCUGUUUCCACUUGCUCUAAAGCCUGUCAGGCUGGCACUGCGAAACAGCUCUCUAAAACCUCCUGCUGCUAUAAUUGCACAGAAUGUUUAGAAGGCACCUACUCCAAUAUGACAAACGCUCUAAACUGUCUCCCUUGUGAAAAUGGCACAUGGUCCCUGAAAGGAUCGACAAACUGCAGUGCAAAAAGAGAAGUCUACUGGGAGUGGACUGGAGCCCAGGCCAUCGUUCUGCUAACGUUUUCUCUAAUAGGAUUUCUGUUCUUGUUUAUCAACCUGAUUAUCUACUGUGUCUAUCGUGGGAGUCCUGUCAUCAAUCAGGCUGGUGGCUAUAUAUGCAUUCCCAUUAUGGUGGGCUUAGCUUUGAGCUACGUCAGUGUCAUACUCUUCAUCGGGAAGCCUGACCUUCAUAUAUGCAUGGCUCGGCAGGUCCUCUACGCCUUGGGUUUCGCACUGACCAUAUCGUGCAUCCUGGUGAAAGCCUUGCGGACCUUCCUAGCCUUUCUUCCUCAGUACGGUCAGCCCAGAGUCAAGAAGGUCUACCAUCCCCCGGUGUUAAUCACCUGCGGCACUUUGCUUCAAGUGCUUAUCUGCGUCUUCAGCCUGAUCUAUGAUCCUCCUUCUGUGAAACCUGAGACGAAUAACCAGACCAUGGAGAUCAUGUUUCAGUGCAAAGAAGGUUCUGGAAAAGGCUUUCCCUCCAUGCUGGUCUACAACGCCCUACUUGCACUCAUCUGCUUUGCCCUGGCUUUUAAAGGGAGGAAGGUUCCUCAGCGCUUCAACGAGACAGGACACAUCAUCCUCAGCAUGCUGAUAUACCUGUUCGUAUGGGUUUGCUUCAUUCCGGUAUAUGCUGCUAACAUACCAGAGCGCUACUCCAUUCAGGCUGCCGCCAUCUUGGUUUCCACAUUCGGCAUCAUAUUCUGCCACUUUACACCCAAGUGGUACAUGGCCCUCUGCAAGAAGAAGGAGGAGGUAACUGUGGAGGCGUACAUCGCACGAGCCUGCAAUAACAGGUUCUCAGUAGACUCAGGGAUGUCCAACACCUCUGGAACACCUGAGUCCCUAAGGUCAAAAACUGGAUCACAGACCACUAUGAACUCAAACGAUACUGGUGUUUGCAGCACAGAAUGUCGAGUGUUUGUUUUAAAUGUUGAGAAUUCCAGUAAUAAGCAUCCCACCAUGCGGAGAAGGCUGCGGAGAAGAUCCAUUUAACUGUCUCUAAAGCUAAAUUUUGGCAUAGCUAGAUUACAGUUCACAGAUUGUUUCCAUUUGGAAAGCCAAUUACCCAACCACCCUAUCACUAGUAAUGGCCCAACACCAGCACAUGCCUCCCCCAAUACAUGUAAAGCCAAACCCCACCUAUUUUUCAACUGCCGCUGAUGCAGCAUCAUUGGGUAGCAUCACAGGACACUCAGAGGAAAGCACAGCAAAACCAGCUCCGAUACAUCAGCUAUAUAUUAUAUAUGAAAUCUAACACUAAUGUAAAACGUGUUAUUGACAACUUGCUUUUUUUGUUAAUCCUAAAGAAUGGUCAGCCAUACUGGCAAUACACAUUUCAUAAAACUUAAAGUAAAACAAAUAAAACCUAAGUGAAUUUUUGGUGAGAAUUUGAUGAGAUGUAAUAUUUAUAUAUACAGGUGCAUCUAAAAAAAAUUGAGAGUAUAAUUGAAAAGUUACUUUAUUUCAGUAAUUCAUCACUGAUUGUGGAAAACGGCCUGUGUGUCUCUCCACUCUUCCUCCAGACUCUGGUCCCUUGAUUUCCAAACGAAAUGCAAAAUUUACUGAUGGUCAGUGAUGUUUUGGAGAGACAUGUCAUCUGCUGGUGUUGGUCCACUGUGUUUUAUCAAGUCCAAAGUCAGCGCAGUGUUUUAUGGAAAUGUGGAUUUCAUUUUCCAGCAGGACUUGGCACACUGCCCACACUGCCAAAAGUACCAAUUGGUCCUAUAUAAUAUUCUAAUUUUCUGAGACCCUGAUUUUUGGGGUUUUUUAUUAGCUGUGAGCCAUAAUCAUCAAAAUAAAAGAAAUAAACACUUAAAAUAGAUCACUUUGUGUGUAAUACAUGCCAUAUAUAUUACAUAUCAGUACACUCGGAGGAAAGCACAGCAAAACCAGCUCUAAUAAAUCAGCUAACAGAUACCUGUCCUCGCUAACCUCACUCCAGGAGUGAUAGCACGAUCUGACUCUGACUCUGGCUGCUGAUGGCAGGCAGAAUGACCCCGAAUCACAGUGGCAGCACCUUAGUUAGCUGGAACACUCAGAGCCAAUCCAAACACAUUUUUGAAUUCCAUUAAAAGUUUAGAAGGAUUUUUCUCUCUCUUGUAAAUUUUUGGAGAUAUGUGUUUUUCAUUGAAAAUUAUUUUAUAUACAGUACAUUCUAAGCAUACAUUAUUGUAUAUAUUGUAAAUACUACUGAAAAAGGGUCAUUUGACUCAUGACAACAGUGGCUUUUGGUGCUAUAUUCACUGGCAUGCCAAAAGUCAUGGGACAACUUUUGUCACAUCCCAUGAAGUCUGAAGAACACCCCAUUGACCUGCAGUAUAUGUGUGAAGGGCAUUCUGCACUGAAUGUGGAUGUGAUUUUCGCUUACUCCAAUACAGUCCUCACAUCCCAAUGCAGUCCUCUGUAUCAACACUGUAUCACAUGAACAAUUUGCAUACUGCUAUUCCAUGACUUUUGGCAUACUAGUGCAUGUAUAUAAUCAUCUAUAAAAAAAGUAUUCUAUGAAUAUGAAGAACCUGUGUAUCUAUUAAUGUAUAUUUAUUUAUUUUUAUAAUAAUUAAUUAAUGUAAAUUGAUCAUUGAUGAACUUAAGAAAUGUUUAAUGAUUUAAUUGUUCCUCACUGUGGCAAACAUAAGAUUUUUUAUUUUCAAAGAUUUAAUGAUUGUUCUAUUUUUUUUUUUUU